ACAUCACAUACAUUCACAUUCUCUUGUUUUGUAUAUUACAAAAUUUCCAACAUUAGUUGGCUCACUCGUUCUAUUAAUAUUGAUCUGGUUUAAUUUAAUCGAAAUAGUUUCGGAUCGAGGAUGAUAAAGCCGAGUUCAUCAGUCCUCUUAGUGGGACUUUUUUGCCUUUGCUGCUGGACAGAAAUGACAAAGGGAGAAGAAGAGGACAUGAAAUACAAGAACCCUAAAUAUAGUAUUAAUGAUCGGGUAGAGGACCUUCUAGCCCGAAUGACGCUAGAAGAAAAGAUCGGUCAGAUGGCACAAGUAGACCGCGGCAAUAUCACAGCUGAGGUCAUGAAGGAGUACAAUAUAGGCAGUAUUCUGAGUGGCGGGGAGAGUGUGCCACGAACACAGGCUACUACGCAAGAUUGGGUCGACAUGAUCAACAAGUUUCAGAAUUGGUCACUUGCAACUCGGCUUGGAAUCCCUAUGAUUUACGGCAUUGAUGCGGUUCAUGGCCACAACAAUGUGUUCAAGGCCACAAUCUUCCCGCAUAAUGUUGGACUUGGAGCUACCAGGGAUCGAGAACUUAUCAGGAGGAUUGGUGCUGCAACUGCUCUUGAAGUUAGAGCUACUGGCAUUCAGUAUACAUUUGCACCAUGCGUCGCGGUCUGCAGAGAUCCGAGAUGGGGUAGGUGUUACGAGAGUUACAGCGAGGAUCCCAGUAUCGUAAAACAAAUGUCCGAAUUAGUGAUUGGAUUGCAAGGUGAAAUUCCAGCUGGUUCACCAAAGGGUGUUCCUUACGUUGGUGGACCGGAUAAGGUGGCGGCCUCUGCAAAGCACUUUGUGGGAGAUGGCGGCACCACCAACGGCAUCAACGAGAACAACACUGUGAUUGAUUGGCAAGGAUUGUUCGAAAUUCACAUGCCUGGUUAUAUCGAGAGCAUAGCCAAGGGUGUAUCCACUGUCAUGGUGUCCUACUCCAGCUGGAACGGAGUCAAGAUGCACGCUAACUAUGAACUCAUCACCAAAUAUCUUAAGGACACCCUUAACUUUAAGGGUGUUGUCAUCUCUGACUGGCUGGGUGUUGACAAAAUUUCGAAUCCACCCAUGACGAAUUAUUCGAACUCGCUACUUCUUAGCAUUCAAGCUGGUCUUGACAUGAUCAUGAUUCCCCACAACUAUACUUUCUUUGUCAAAUUUCUAACCAACCAUGUCAACGAGAAUCGAAUCCCAAUGAGCCGUAUCGAUGAUGCAGUUAGGAGAAUACUAUCUCUCAAGUUCAUGAUGGGUCUGUUCGAAAAGCCAAUGGCGAGUUACGAAUAUAUUCCCUGGCUUGGAUGCCAGGCACACAGAGAUUUGGGAAGGGAAGCUGUGAGGAAGUCACUAGUUCUUUUGAAGAAUGGAAAAACCCCAAAUGAUGCACCAAUGCUGCCACUCCCAAGAACGGCCAAAAGGAUCCUUGUUGCUGGAACCCAUGCCAACAAUUUGGGCUAUCAAUGUGGGGGUUGGAGUCUCACUUGGCAAGGAGUUAGUGGCAACAACCAUACUGUUGGAACCACAAUACUAGGUGCCAUCACAAAAGCAGUUAACGAGACCACAGAAAUUUUCUACAGUGUAAAUCCCGAUCUUGAACUUGUCACGUUAGGUAAGUUCGAUUACGCUGUGGUUGCUGUUGGUGAGCUCCCCUACGCUGAGACGAAAGGGGACGAUUCAAAUUUGACAAUGAUAGAACCAGGUCCGAGCGUUAUAAAAAACAUAUGUGGGGCAGUCAAGUGUGUUGUGAUCGUAGUAUCUGGGCGUCCGAUUGUGAUGGAGCCCUACAUUUCGUCGAUUGAUGCUCUCGUGGCUGCGUGGCUCCCCGGAACAGAAGGCCAAGGAAUCGCUGAUGUUCUAUAUGGUGACUAUGGAUUCACUGGAAAGCUUGCUAGGACAUGGUUCAAGAGAGUAGAUCAGCUCCCUAUGAAUGUUGGUGACAAAGAUUAUGAUCCCCUCUUUCCCUAUGGUUUUGGACUUACAACUCAACCUAACGCCAACUCAACUUCGGCAAACUCAGCGGGAGCGGCUGCUCCUAGAUCAUCUCAAGCAUCUUGGUCAAGCGUGUUGUUAUCGUUGUCUCUUGGAGCCCUGUUGUGGUUGAGCCAUUAACUUCACCGGUUGAUGCUCUCGCAGCAGCAUGGCUGCCGGAACUGAAGGAAGACCAAGCAAUUACCGACGCUCUCUUCGGAGAUUAUGGAUUAACCGGAAAGCUUCCAAUGACCUGAGUGUAGAUCAGCUCCCUAUUGGCAAGCUCAUCGCUCUUUUUCUUUCCCUUAUCUUGCUAUUUGUUUCGUUUUUUGUACGAAUAAGCAAGCUGUUAUCAGCCGUUGGAUGUAAAACAGUCUGUUAGUAAGAUGAUGUAACUGAUAAUGCAGACAAUAAAAUUUGAAACGGCACCUUAAUGUACU